AUGGCUAUUGUUCGGCAGCAGUUUUGGGUCACUAACUGUCGAAAUACAGUACGCAGUGUAACCAGAAGUUGUGUACAGUGUUUUAAGCAAAAUCCAAGGCUAGCAGAGCAGUUUAUGGGAGACUUACCAAAAGGUCGCGUUGAGCGAGUACCAGCGUUCUUUAAGGUCGGGGUUGACUUUGCGGGACCAAUCUCCAUACGUCAAGGAAUUCGCAAGGCCAUACCAGUGAAGGGGUAUACUUGUGUCUUCGUUUGCUUAGUAACGAAGGCCAUACACCUAGAAGCAGUUGAAAAUUUGUCCACUGCGGCAUUUCUUGCAGCACUGCAGCGUUUCGUAGCCCGACGAGGUGUUCCAGCGGAAAUUUGGAGUGACAAUGGAACAAACUUCGUUGGCGCACGAAACGAGUUGAAGGAGUUGCGUAAGCUAUUCGAACGCGAAGUGACGGAGAAGAAAGUCUUUGAAUUUUGCCAAACAAGACAAAUCAUAUGGAGGAAUAUCCCGCCUAGUGCUCCUCAUUUUGGUGGGUUAUGGGAAGCAGGCGUAAAGAGCGUAAAAUCUGUGCUGAAUAAAAUAUUGAAGCAAGCGACACUAAAUAUUAUAGAGUUUGCCACGCUCCUUUGCCAAAUUGAAGCGAUCCUCAACUCCAGGCCACUGUUCACGCAUUCUGAUGAUCCAGCAGAUGAAGAGGUUCUUACACCUGGACACUUACUGGUUGAUCGUCCUCUGACGGCAAUUCCAGAGCCUUCGUGCGCGGAAAUACCUGUGAACAGGCGCUCACGAUGGCAGCAUAUCCAAGUACUUCGCGAGCACUUUUGGAAGCGUUGGUCCAAAGAGUACAUUGUGGAGCUGCAAGGUAGAACUAAAUGGACACACAGGCACACCAAUGUAAAACCGGGUAUGAUGGUAAUCAUAAAGGAGGACAACUUACCGCCUCAAGUUUGGAGUUUAGGCAAAAUUGAGAAAAUGUAUGCCGGAGACGACAAGUUGGUUCGGGUAGUUGACGUGCGCACCAGAGGAGGAAUCCUGCAGCGACCAAUCCAUAAAUUGGGUUUGCUUCCAAUUCCAGACAACGAAGCUUGA